AUAUCUUUGACGGUAGACAAGAAGAAGUCAUAAUGCAAGUCGUAUGCAACAUCUUGUCUUUAGACAUAAGCGAAGGAGAAGUAGAGGAUUCAUUUCUUCAGAGUUUGUCGAAUUAUGACGAAUUCCAAACGCCGGCAGGUGAAAAAGAUAAGAAUGAGCCGGAUUUAGUGACAUGUCCAAAUACAGUUUCUCCGACGAAUGAGGAAAUAAGUCUUCUGGAGUCAUUAGAAAUGGCACUGGCUGUUGGAAUAAUGGCAGGUGAGGGGUUGAAAUAUAUUGCCGGAUAUGUCGCUUGGCGACUCUCACGGGAUACGUCUCUUUGCGUGUGUACUUCCUCGUUAACACAAAAACGCCCAGGCGAAUGGAUCGAUCACUUGUCAAGAGGAUAUUUAAAGUCUCCAACUGAAAAAAUGGUUACAGCUGCAAGAGUAAUGACUGAGAAGUUUAAAAAGUACCACAGAGCGACGUUUUCCAAAGAAUCCAGGAUGUUCGAAACUGUUGCUUUACAAACGAGCACAAGAUUGACUGAGAAAAUCAACAUGAAGGUUUUACUUUGUUUAGUACGAAAUCUCAACGAACAAUUGUCCACUGAGCGAAAGAAGGGAAGGGGCGGCAAAAGUGACACAUGUUAGGUAAUUAUAUGUUUUUCAUUUUCAGAGAGCAUCAUGCAAACAAAAAUGAUGGUUGCAAUGAGUCGGAAAUAUUGAAGUGGCGUUCAAUUGUUUAAUCUAUACUGUUCAUUGAUGAUUGAGAAAUGUGACGGAAGGUAAUUUUUUAUUUCAGUAUCUAGAUUCGACUUUCUUUUACCAGUCGUACAGUGUGCAUUAAUUUUUACCACACUUUGCAGUUCUUUCAGAUUCAAUCCUUGUACAGUAAUUUUGACACACGUAAAUUAUUUUAAUCUAUAACUUUCAUGAAGCCGACAGAGGAAUAGAUGAAUUUUUUACUAAAAUUUGCAGUAUUAAGUUGGGAUAUUUUAAUUUGCAAACGGAAAAAUUAAUUUCUUUAAUUAAAAAAUACGAUUGUUCAACAAGAUAAUUUUUUGAUACUAACAAAGUAGGUUUUUCAAAGAAGUGCAUGAAUUUUUAACGAAAUAGUUCUACUUUUUAAAGAAAAAAGGUAAAUUUUCUACCACAUCGCAGGAUUUCCAACGAGAAGUCAAAUUUUUAAUUGAAAAA